CUGGCAGCACUGCUGGGCUGCACUGCACUAGUGGGUGGGCACAGGUGGGUGGCACUGCUGGGCACAGGUAGGUGGCACUUCUGGGCACAGGUAGGUGGCACUGCAGAGUGGCACAGGUGGGUGCACUGCUGGGCACAGGUGGGUGAUCUGCUGGGCACAGGUGGGCGGACCUAGUGAGCGCACUGCUGGGCACAGGUGGGCGGAACUUGCGGGUGGCAGUGCUGGGCACCGAUCAUCAGGGCACUGAU